ACAUCUAUCGAUACUGGAUUCCGCACACUAGCCAGCAGUUUGUAGUUCGUGUCGGGAUUGUUUUUUAGUUUAAUAUUUCUCAAUUCUUACACCGUUAAUUGCCCAAUUGGUCAACACUUCCAAAUUGCAAUAAAUUCAGUAGAGCCAUAUUUCACGGUUUUCACCGCCGUCGCGUUUCCUUGCCCCUUGAAAGCUAAUUGAAUUACCCACGCACACAAUCGCAGCCAUCGCAUCGACGUCAUAAGCUAUUUCCGUCGAUAAUAGGCUCCAAAGAUCCAGAACAUGGACCCCAAACAACAGGCCCAGGAGGAGGUGGUGGCCCCCGUGGCCCCGCUGCUGGAGGAUCAGCUGGAGCUGGACAUGAAGCACUGCUUCGAGAACCUGAUUGUGAUCGACGUGGGUGCGAAUCUGACCAACAAGAAGUAUAGCCGUGAUCUGGAUUCCGUGGUGCAGAGAGCCAGAGACGCAGGUGUUCAGAAACUAAUGGUUCACGGCACUUCGGUCAAAUCGAGCAAGGAAGCGCUGCGCCUCUCGCGCAUCUAUCCCGACAUAAUCUACUCAACUGCUGGCAUUCAUCCGCACGACUCCAAGUCCAUCGUGGAGGAGCCGGCCACAUGGUUCGACCUGGAGCACAUCGCCCAGGCACAGGAGUGCGUGGCGAUCGGGCCCUGCGGCCUGGACUACCAGCGGGACUUCUCCGAGCCGGACGCCCAGAAGCAGAUCUUCGCCAAGCAGCUGCACCUGGCCGUCCGGCUGAACAAACCUCUGUUGAUCCACGAGCGGUCGGCUCAGCACGAUUUACUCGAAAUACUCGACAAAUUCGAGAAUCUGCCGCCUGUGAUCGUCAGAGGUUUCAUGGGCACCGCCGAGGAGGCUCUAAAGUACCUAGAGCGCAGGUUCUACAUCAGCCUGACGGGCUACCUGUGCAAGGACAAAUCGGACACUGGCGUUCGCCGACUGCUGGAGGAUGGCACGCUGCCGCUGGACAGACUGCUGGUGGAGACGGAUGCUCCGUUCAUGUACCCGAAUACAAGGGCUUCCAAGCUGCCGCAACACGUGAAAACAGGCAUCACCGAACGCUCUUUGUUGUACUUACACAGAUAUUGUACCUUCCAACGCAACGAGCCCUGCAGUCUGCCGGCCAUUGUGGAGAUGAUAGCCGCCUUCAUGAAGAAAACCCCCGAUGAGGUGGCCCUGGCCACCGCCUUUAAUGCCCUGAAACUGUUUGGCCUGUCCUAGAAAACUAACACGAAGCAACAUGGAACUGAACGAGAAA